UCCGAUUUCCCUUGGAUUUGUAUAGACGUCUACACGCUGACACUAUUCUGUUAUCGCUACGCUUGCUUUCAAUUAAUGCAAAAUAGUUUUUCUCUUGUAAUAUAUAUAAUUUAUUUGUUGAUAUUGUUGUUGAAACCAACACGACUUUCGACAUGCACUGCACUUUGAUUGUAUGCACAUUUCUUUCGUUCUGCGUGUCGUUUUCAAAUGGGGCAGCGUGUAAAGAUGGCGAUCACAAAGGCGAGAACGACCCAAAGAGUAAGGAUAACGACGUUGAUACUGCUACAGGGCUGAGCGUACUUUUGGACCGGAAUGACGGUAAAACUGUUUUUGACUGCUGUGGGUUUAUAAAGCAGUGGGAGUUCUACGCCAAAAAGAACACCGGCACGGUACACUUCCAGGUGUGGCGUCCUGCUGGAACAUCCUACACUCUGGUGGGGGAGAAUCUGUACACCGUCACAAGUGGAAAUGAAGAUAAGGAAAUAAAGUAUUCUUUGUUGACAGCUAAUAGAAUAGGUAUCCAAAGUGGAGACGUAAUAGGGAUAUACCAGCCUGGUUCUGUCAUAGUGUCUCAUAAGCAGGAGGGCAGCUCGAACCAAUAUCGCACCACAACCUCGGUGGGCUCCCUGUCAGUGGGAUCCACGUUUGAUUGGAGUGCAGUGACCCAGUCAAACGACAGAAAGUACGCAAUACGUGCGGAUGUCACUAAUGGCAACAACCCUUCGAUCACAAACCUGGCGGCGACGGUAACCGGCACGGACGCCACGCCGAUCGGCACGCUGCUGUUCACGCUGACAGUGGCGGACGCCGACACCAGCGACACCCUUACCACUACCAUGACCACAACCACCUCUCUAUUUAACUUUGAUUCCACUUCCUUGCAAGUAACAAGUGCUCAGCAGCUUCCUUCAGGAACGACAACUCUUAACUUCCAAGUGACCGACGCCUGUGGGAGUACGGGUACAGGGACAUUAACCAUCGUCGUCACCAAUGUGCCCCCCGUGAUACAUAAUCUGCCGUACAAUACUGACGUUACUGAAGACCAGACGGCGGAGUUGCAGUUAUAUGUAAUAAAUGCUACUGAUACGUCAGAGUACGACACAGUCACGUGCAGUAUUCAGUCUGUCAGCCCAUCCACGUCCAUAUUUUUUACAAAGAUUGCUAGUGGAUCAUUGUAUGGUAUCUACAUUCAAGCAUACCCCUCGCUGUCCUACGACAGCGUUAAUGCGUACACUUUAACAGUGGCCUGUACAGAUUCCAAAGACACGGUGACUGGAUUAUUCCAUGUUUACAUCACUAGGAAUAAUGCCCCUGUGUUCACCAACUUACAAGCGUCGGUGAAUGUAACCUCCAAAACCCCGACAAGCACCAGCAUUUACACUGUGACGUCAUCUGAUGCAGAAGGAGAUCAACUUUAUUAUAAUAUGACAUGUUCUACAACACCAUGUCCAUUUGCAAUAUAUCACUCGGGCGAGGUGAGAUCUACCGACAGCCUAGAGAGUUACACAGUGGCAGGGUAUGACCUCUUCAUUUAUGUCUAUGAUGGUACAACCUUAGUAGGCCCGAAGACACUAACAGUAAUUGUAACUGAUAUCAACUCAGCGCCCAUACUGACCAACCUUCCAUUGUCAUCCCCUGUCUCGGUCUCCGAGAAUUCAGCCCUGGGGGUGUCGGUGUUUCAGGUGUCCUACAGUGACAUUGACACGUCAGAUACGCAUGUCAUCCUCGCCACGUUCUCUCCAUCUUCCGGCGGAAGUAUUUUCACAGUGGAUUCAACAAACGGUUUAAUAACAACGUCUUCAACAACAAAUAUAAAUUACGAGAGUUUGGCAACAUCAACGGUAGUGGUAAACGUCCAUGUUUCUGAUGGCACAGCUUCUGCCACAUCAUCACUAACAAUAUCUAUAAUGGACGUCAACGAAGCUCCAGCGUUCGGGAAAACACUCUACCAAAUCACAGGGACAGAAGGAAAUGCUGGAACUGCAGUAGGGACACCUGGUUUUGACGUCACUGAUCCAGAUAAUGGGGCAACUCAAAAAUACAGCAUAGACUGUCCGGAGUUUAACAUGGAUCAGACUACUGCAGCAGUCACACUGGCAGCAAAUUACGACCUUGAUGUCACUGGAACUUCCUCACAAGUCACGUGUAAUGUCAGUGUCUCGGACGGAGAACUGACUGCAACUUCCGCUCUGCAAGUGACUAUCAGUGAUGUGAACGACAACACGCCGUCUUUCGGCCAACCCUCUUAUACGUUCUAUGCACAACCAAACGAAGCGGUGGGGUCAGUGAUAGGAUCGAUCGUCGCUACGGACGCCGAUGUCGGGGCUUUUGGAACUAUUUCAUAUACCCUGGAUCAAGUCAGCCUGGGGAAUGAAUAUUUUGGAGUUCAGUCCAAUGGUGAUUUCUAUUUAAAGACCGGAUUAACAACGUUUUCCAGUGGACAAACACUUAGUCUUACAGCUACAGUUACCGACUCAGGGGGGCUAACCGACACUGCCGCAGUAACCAUAGUGAUUCCUGAGUCAACCACCGCAGCUCCCACCACCACCACGGACAGACACGUGACCUUCUUGGAAGAUCCUAAAAAUAUUGCUUGGCUGUCGGCUGCUGUUGUCAUAUUGUGUGGCAUAGUCUGCUUGAUGGUGUACCAGUCUUUUCGGUUUGGAGACUAUUCAAGGCUUGCUAGAUGGUGUCAAAGGUCAAGGUCCAAAAAGUUGCAAAAACCUAGAAACCAUUACAGACGAACCUACUACCAAUCACCGAGGGUCCGUGAUAUUCCGGAACUCGAAUAUCCUUCUCCUGCCCUGGAGAGCGACUGGAGACCGUGGCGAGUUGGAACCCAUGAGUUGUAAACGUUGAAGAGCAAGAACAGAGUGGUAUUGAAUAUUGUAACACGAUAAAUAAUAAAACUCCUACUGGGCAAAUUUCGAAGCAGGAAA